AUGGUGAUGUUAUCCCUUGUUUCUUGUUCCGUCUCCCUUUUCUCACCGCCGAUUAGUCUCCGGCUUCAUCUCCCGCCGGUUACGGCUCUAUGUUCCCACGGAAGCUUCCCUGUUUCUACAUUCCAGACUGAGCUACAACCGUUGCUGGUCAGCGUCGUAAAUCGCCGGGAAACAGGUCUCGUUUUCAGAUGUAAUUGCCUUACCUCUCCGAUUAACAUCGCAAGUCAAACGGAGACGGAGACUCUAUUUUCGUUAUUCCGAGAUAUUGGGUUUAACGAAGAAGAAACGGAGAUGAUUCUGACGAAGAACCCAGAUGUAAAGUCUUCGUCUUUGGAUAAGAUCAGCGCUCGUGUCGCUUCUCUCAAGUCUCUGAAAGUCGAUGGCUUUGCGCUUCAGGGUUUGAUCGCAAAGUGCCCUACUUUACUAACCUCAGAAGAAUUCGAUCUCGUUAUCACAUUCUUGGUCGAUGAGCUCGAAGGAAGGCUUGAGCCUGAGCUAGUGGAACGCUUGCUCGCUGUGGCAGAGACAUCUGUCUUGCUCAGUUUCAACCAGAAGGUGAGAUUGCUUAUCAACAAUGGGAUACCAAAAGAGAAGAUCUCUUACGUGUUGAGCAAAGUGUACUUGAACAAACUGCUGUAUCAGAAAUCAGUGGAGGACAUUGAGAGAUUGAUUAGUUUCUUGGAACCUUUCGGUGGAAUCGGUAUCAUCGCGAGAAGGCCAGUUAUUCUCAACAGUGACUUGGAUACUCAGCUGAUUCCUAGGGUUGAGUUCAUUAAGAAUCUCAGCGGGGAAGACGAUUUCGCCACUGGAACCGUGCUUCGUAGACUCCCUGCGAUAUUGAGUUACAGUGUUGACCAUAUGAACAGCCACGUGGAGUUCCUCAAGUCCUUCGCUGGCUUGACGAGCGAGCAGGUGUUCAAGAUCGUUCACGUGUUCCCUAACGUUAUCAGCACAAGCAAAGAGAGGAAGCUUCGUCCGAGGUUGGAGUUUCUGAAAGAUUGCGGCUUUGAUUCGCCGGGGAUCUUCAAGUUCUUGAGCAAAGCGCCGUUGUUUCUUGCUCUAUCGGAAGACAACCUCUCGCAUAAGCUCUGUCUUCUGGUGAAGAUUGGGUACAAGCACAGAACGAAGGAGCUUGCGUUUGCGAUGGGAGCUGUGACGAGAACGAGCUCUGAGAAUAUGCAGAGGGUGAUUGGGCUUUACUCGAGCUACGGUCUCUCGUUUGAGGAGGUUCUUGCUAUGAGCACGAAGCAUCCUCAGGUCUUGCAGUAUAACCACACUUCUUUGGAGGAGAAGCUUGAGUAUUUGAUCGAGUACAUGGGGCGUGAAGUCGACGAGCUUCUUGCUUUCCCUGCGUUUCUAGGGUAUAAGCUUGAUGGCAGGAUCAAGCACCGGUAUGAAGAGAAGUUGAAGAGCAGAGGUGAGAACAUGUCUCUUAACAAGCUUUUGACAGUUUCAGCUGAAAGAUUCUCUAAGUCGUCGGCGGAUAAAAUUGAGGUGAUUUGUUUAUGA